AUGGCCGCUUCUCAAGCAAGUCUUCUCCUUCAAAAACAGCUGAGAGAUCUAUGCAAGAACCCAGUUGAUGGAUUCUCUGCUGGUUUGAUUGAUGAAACCAACGUGUUUGAAUGGAGCGUUACAAUUAUAGGACCCCCUGAUACCUUAUACGUUUUGUUAGCUGGUUGGGGGUUCUUCAAUGCCAUCAUGAGCUUUCCACCGAAUUAUCCAGUCAGUCCUCCAACUGUCAGGUUUACCUCAGAGGUGUGGCAUCCGAAUGUUUAUGCUGAUGGAAAAGUUUGCAUAUCAAUUCUUCAUCCACCUGGUGAUGACCCAAAUGGCUAUGAGCUUGCAACUGAGCGCUGGAGUCCAGUUCAUACAGUUGAAAGCAUUGUUUUGAGCAUCAUAUCAAUGCUUUCUAGUCCUAACGACGAGUCUCCUGCAAAUGUUGAUGCUGCGAAACAAUGGAGAGAGAAUAGGGAUGAGUUCAAGAAGAAAGUAAGCCGAUGCGUGAGAAGGUCGCAAGAAAUGAUGUGA